UCGCGCGUUAGACAGACAUGGCGUCGAUGGCUCGUCUAGUGGCUGCACGCACUGCCUGCAUGUCGACGUGUUUGUCUCGUGCUUCCUGUUGUAAACUGAGGUGCCUAGCGGGAUUCAGUUCAAUUUCUCACACUGAGAAAGGCGACAAGUUGAAUGCUAGCCAAUUCGAACUUGUGUACACGGCACCAAUAGCUGGAGCUGUGAAAGCAAUAAAGGUCUUCUCCUUGUCUACCUGUGUAGCCACCAUUAUCGGUUUACCAAUUUUGGUCGUCUUUGGGAAGCUUUCCUUGAUGGGCAAGGUGUCAUUAGCGUGCGUUAUUGGACCAAUUGGAAUCGGUACGACUUUCUUGUUGCAUCUGUUUGUCAGAGGAUAUAUCACUAAUAUGUGGUACAGUCGGAAAACGAACAAAUUGCGUAUUAGUACGUUGUCUCUUUUGGCAACAAAUGUUAUGACUGAGUUUGGAAUGGAGGACAUUGAUGCUGUCGAUACAGUCAAUGUGUUGUCAACGUUUACUGUGAAGGGCAAAGGAUAUUUUAUUCAUCCAGAAGUUUUCAGUGACAAGGAACUAGUGGAAAGACUUUUGCAGCUACAGACUGAACCUGGUGAGCUCCUAUAGCAGUUACAGUAUUCAGACGUUGUAACUUUUAAUUUAUAUUUAGUAAAUUAUAAUUAUUAGCGGAUAUUGUGUUGUUGUGGUCUGGUGUUAGCAACGAAAGAUUACCUUCCUGUGCAAUGUUGUAAAAUUUUUGAAAUUUGUAUUUACCUACUUACCAUUGAUGCGCCUAAUAUUGCUAGAA